GUGCGGAUGGCUCUGCGCUGCCUGUGCCAUUCGGGCAGAGCAGCGCUGACGCGGUGGCCGCUGCCGGGCGCGGGACGCCCUGGCACCAGUAGCCGCUCCGCGCACAGGAGUGGGAGCCACCGCCGCUCUUCGGGGGGAGAACCCCAAGGGAACCAGGCAACUUCUCCCUCCUUUGGAUUUCUCUUUGAUAUUGAUGGAGUGCUUUUACGAGGUCGGUUAGUCAUUCCUGCUGCCAAGAAGGCCUUCCAGAAGUUGACAGAUUCAAAGGGCCAGUUCCGUGUGCCGGUUGCAUUCGUAACCAAUGCUGGAAACUGCUCUCGGGACAGCAAGGCUGAAGAAUUGUCGGAAGCACUUGGAUUUAAGGUGUCUCCUGAAUGGGUGAUCCUCUCUCACAGCCCACUACGUCUUUUCCAUCAAUUCCAUAAGAAGUGUGUGCUUGUGUGUGGCCAAGGUCCUGUGGAGGAGAAUGCCAGAGACCUGGGGUUCCAACAUGUUGUUACCAUUGAAAACGUGAGGAAGGCAUUUCCUUUACUGGAUAUGGUUGAUCAAAGCCGGAGGCCAAAAGAGCUGCCUCCUCCAACAAUUGAUUUCCCCACUAUAGAAGGAAUACUUCUGCUGGGUGAGCCUAUCCGUUGGGAGACCUCUUUGCAGCUGAUCACAGAUGUGCUUCUGAGCAAUGGGAAUCCAGGAACAGAGCUGGCUACUGUGCCAUACCCACAUCUACCUAUCCUAGCCUGCAACAUGGACCUUUUGUGGAUGGCAGAAGCCAAAAUGCCAAGAUUUGGCCAUGGCACCUUUCUUGUAUGUUUAGAGAACAUCUACAAGAAAAUGACUGGCAAGGAGCUGAAGUACGAGGCCCUGAUCGGCAAGCCCAGCACAGUCACCUACCGCUAUGCCGAACACGUGAUCAAGCAGCAGAUGCAGAGCUGCGGCUGGAGAGCCCCUCUGCAUCACUUGUACGCUGUUGGGGACAACCCCAUGGCUGACAUUUACGGUGCAAACCUCUACAACCGAUACCUCCAGGCUCAGGCUGAAGUCAGCGUAACUGCUAUGGCAGCGGAAAGUGAGGAACGUCUUGAAGCACAGAGAGAGCACAGUGUCCCAGUCAGUUCUGCAAAGAGUUGCCAGUCUAUACUGGUCUGUACUGGGGUCUACAAUCCCUAUGGAGAUGUGCCUACGGGCCGCAAUGAGAAUAUACUGGAGACUGUGUUCCAUGGGCAUCGAGACUUCCAUUUUGAUCCAAGCUUGGUGGAGGCCUCUCACAUUGUUCAUGAUGUGAAUGAUGCUGUGGAACUUGUACUUCAGAAGGAGAACUGGACAAGAGAAUGAGCUCUCUCUUCUCACCGGCACGUAAUCUGGAGGCACAGGGACAGAGGCAGAUCUGUGCUCUUUCUUGUUUAAUCCAAGCCAAAGUAAAGGAAAAUCUUCCAGUUGUUUUUCUUUUUUCAAAGGAUUUCAUAAAAAUUCCUGUAAUCUUUGUCAGCAGGGUGCCUGGUAGGGCUGCAACCCUCUUAGGCUGAAAUCCUAGCAAGUGACCAGUUUGCAGUUCCAUUCUUUAGCUGGUAUAUGUGUUCUUGGCUGGAGAGGAGACGGUGCUCCCUCAGGUCUGCUAUACUAGCAGCUAUCACAGCAUCACGAGGGAGGCUGCUUUGGGGGUUUUACUUCUUCCAGAUGUGCCUGAACUCUACAGAUACUAAAAUGGUCCCAUCAGGUGAGUUGUGUACAUGGUCCAGAACCUCUUCCUCAGGUAGCAUGGCUGCUUUAUUCCCUGUCAGUCAAAAACAUAAUCUUUGCUUGCCAUGAGCAGUAUUACCCCUUCCACAGUACCAUGGCAGGCAUGUCUUGGGAAUACAGGGUUCCAACUGUAGGGUAUGCCCCAUGAUCCAAGCCAAAAUUUGGUUCAGUGUCCAGAGGUGUGUUAUUUGGGAAGAAACCAGAAACCACCUGCAGAGGAAUUUUUAACAGUUCCAGUUUUAAAGAAAAUUGGGCAAGAGUGAAAGAAAUAUAUUACCAAAUUGUAGAAUGGCUUUAACUGCCAUGAAUUAUUCAAGGCAAGGCUAGAAUUUGGGAAUACUUACUAUUCUGCUUCUUCUCCUCCAAAUGGAAUGUUCAAACAAACAAAUAUCUUCAAACAAAUAUUCUCCUGAAGUAUUUUCAGAUAGUAUUUUAGCACCUGUUUGGUUUCAUGGUUGGGUACAUACUGUAUUCAUUGUACCUAUGUCUGAUUUGUCAUGGAUAGGCUCCCCUUAGAAAUCAUUGAUCCAGUUUAGCUUUCUCCAGGCCAAUGUGUUGGACUAACUCCCAGCAUACCCUAGCCAGCUGGCCUAGAGACUGUGGCACUGCCUUUGCACACAAUUUUGCUUGUGAAGAAGCUUCUCUUUGUAUGGAGCAACUCAGUCUAGAAGCUGGACAAUGUAUGUCUCUAGUUCCCUUUAAUACAAAUGUUCCAGGUCACUUUUACCCUUUCUGGAAACUUCCAUCAGAGGCCACAGGAUUGCGCUGCCAAGGCAGCAGAAACAAUGUUCAAUUUCUUGUAGCUUUUAAUUGAUGAUACUGAAAUGUUGUUCAUGGAAAGUAAGACAUUUGUGUCCUUCUAUUGAAUAAGGACAGGUUUUAAAUUAACAAUUUUUGUUGGAUAUGGCUCUGUAACACAAGCAAUAUCCACAGUUUCUUACAUCCAUGUAAUUUAUUAAAUAUCACUCAUUUUAAGAAGGGGACUCAGUUGCAGGUAUAGGUUUGAACUUUGAUUCCUUCUUCCUCAUGCCCUUUAUUUGUUUUUGAAAAUCUCUUAGCCAAAUCCUUUCUUGUCAAAAUGUAGUACAGUCUAUAAAUUUAGUUCUUUCCAUC